UGUGUGUAAUGCUACGUACACACCAUGUGAUGCGUGUUCAAGAUCGCACUUUUAGCAUUAGGAGGGUGUUCACUCUGGACUGUCCCUACCUGUUACUAGCGCAUGUACUCACAGUUGUCCCAGUGUAACUUCUGACAUUUCACGCAAUGAACGUGAAUCGAAGAAGCGCGACUUUUAGUGCACAACCGUGCAAAGCUGCUUCUAUCUGCGACAGAAUCAGCGUAUUUACGUUGAUGGCGUAACAAAAAUGGCGAGCGGUAUUGAAGCUAUCCAGCUGUACAGUUUUGAACCAGCUCAGAUGAAGAAAAUGAAAAUGUACAUGGAUGUAGACGACUACACGUGGCUGCAUUAGAAUAUUGUGGCCUGCGUUGUAGGUGCUACGUCACAUCUACAAGCUAUUUCAUACUGCACGUUUUUCGUCCGGUCCUGAUUCACAACGAUUUGAGAAAAGAAAUACUUAAAUGUUAAGCAUAAUUUUCCUAAUAUAUGUCCUCCGUCAUGAAAAGAAAUGCUACAAAAACGUGUUAAAAACACCCCCAGAUUAUUUUUCUCAUUGGAGUGGGUCUUUGAUAUGAAAAUCUUUGAGGUAAACCUGAUUCUGAGAAUCACCCAGAUAGAAAUAUGUUCAUUUUUCUGGGGAGUAAAUUGGCUUCCUUCCAGAAUCCACUGACUGAUCGUGGUCCAACCUGUUGAUAAGUGGAUGCGCAAAGCCCGGUAAGAACGCGCCGUCCGGAUGAGGGCCACUGCGGCGGCGCACAGAUGUUUUGGGGGGACCGACCGGCGCGGCUGCGCACUGCGUCUUCAGGCGCCGAUAAAUUCGGGCAAUCAGCUGUCGCUGUCCGGUGACGGAAGUGCUGAAAUCAGAGCGCCCCCCAUCUGAUCUUCCUCCUCCCUCCGUCACCAUCUCCGCCGCCGGUCGCCACUUGCAGCCAUUUUACGCAAACAUGUCGUGAGCGCGCCUCGCUCCGUCACCUGGAAGGGGGCGGAGGUGGAGAGCCAGCAGCUGAUCGCUCCCUAAAGGUGGUGGUGGUGGAGGUGGAGGGGGGGUGAGCGCAGAGACGGAGCCGUCAGGUCCGGGCCAAAAUGGUGAAGAGGAAGAGCCUGGAUGAGAACGAGCCGGAGUGCGGGAAGGGGAUCCCGUUCGCCAUCCAGACUUUCCUGUGGAGCCAGACCAGCGCUUUCCUGCGUCCAAAGUUGGGGAAACAAUAUGAGGCAUCAUGUGUGUCUUUCGAGCGGGUGCUGGUGGAGAACAAGCUGCACGGACUUUCCCGGGAGCUGUCCGAAGCCAUCCAGAGCAUCUCCCGCUGGGAGCUGGUUCAGGCGGCGCUGCCCCAUGUCCUCCACUGCACCUCCAUCCUGCUGUCAAACAGGAACAAACUGGGCCACCAGGACAAGCUGGGCGUGGCUGAGACCAAACUGCUUCACACUCUGCACUGGAUGCUGCUGGACGCCGCGCAGGAGUGCAACCAUGAACCCAGCCUGGGCCACGGCUGGUCCGGAGGCGGCAGCGGAAGCAGCGCGUUCCUCCAACCAGUUGGGGACCAGGGAUCCUCGCCGGGGGCUCCGGGCUCCAGCCCGGGCUCGGCUUUGAUCGGGUCGGGACCUCUCCACGGCAGCUCUCUUCAGGAGGAGGACGAAAACGCCCGUGCCAAGCUCUUCCACAAGAGCAUGGCCACCGUGGAGCUGUUUGUCUUCCUGUUGGCGCCGCUCAUCCAUCGCAUUAAGGAGUCGGAUCUGACUUUCCGAUUGGCGAGCGGCCUGGUAAUAUGGCAGCCGAUGUGGGAGCACCGUCAGCCGGACAUUCCCGCCUUCACGGCUCUCAUCAAGCCCGUCAGACACAUCGUAACAGCUAAGAGGAAUUCCCCAAUCAGCAACCAGUGCAGUCCCUGUGGAUCUGGCAACCCGGGUCCCAUGGGCUUUCAGGUGGUGUGCGAGGCCGCCCAAUCAGACUCCCCCACUGCAGGAGAGCAGAGCUGUCGCCGUGGCAACUCAGUGGAGAAAGGCGGCCCUUCCCAGCCACCGGUCAAAGGUCCCCUCAAGAAGAAGACGUCCGUUCCCGCCGGCAUUCCGUCUUCGCCGUCCCAGCAGGCUCGUUACGCCACUUACUUCGACGUGGCCGUUCUGCGCUGCUUGCUGCAGCCGCAUUGGACGGAGGAGGGGGUCCACUGGUCCCUGAUGUACUACCUGCAGCGGCUGAGGCAGAUCCUGGAGGAGAGGCCUGAACGCGCCCCGGAGCCGCUGGUCACGCCCCUGCCACGCCCGCGCAGCAGCUCCAUGGUGGCAGCGACGCCCUCGCUGGUCAAUACGCACAGGACUCAGGACAUGAGUCUGAAGUGUAACGAAGAGGAGAAAUCUCUGAGCACGGAGACGUUUGCAAAGGUUUCCCUCACCAACCUGCGACGCCAGGCAGUUCCCGAUCUGUCCACUGACCUCGGCAUGAACAUCUUCAAGAAGUUCAAAAACCGGCGUGACGACCGCGAGAGAAAAGGUUCGAUUCCUUUUCAUCACACGGGAAAGAAGCGUCAGCGUCGAAUGGGCGUUCCCUUCCUGCUGCACGAGGAUCACCUUGACGUUUCGCCCACCCGCAGCACCUUCUCCUUUGGCAGCUUCUCUGGUUUAGGGGACGACCGGCGAGCUCUGGACCGUGGGGGCUGGCAGGCCACCAUCAUGGGGAAAUUCACGCGCAGAGGAAGCACAGACACGGCCGCAGAUGCAGACAGCCUGAGCGCCAAACACUCCCAUUCCCACCACUCCCUCCUCCGGGACAUGCCCGACCACUCCAACAGCCACAGCGAUAAUGUGGUCAAAGAGGUCCGAUCUCAGAUCUCAACCAUCACCAUGGCAGCCUUCAACACAACCGUGGCGUCUUUCAACGUGGGCUACGCUGACUUCUUCACCGAGCACAUGAAGAAGCUGUGCAACCCUGUCACGGUUCCUGAGAUCCCUGAGCCGCUGGUGUGCUCCAACCUGCCGCGCAGCCUCACAGACUCCUGCAUCAACUACUCCUGUUUGGAGGAGGGCGAGAACAUUGAGGGAACCAACAACUUUGUGCUGAAAAAUGGCAUGCUGGAUCUCGCUGCCGUCUUCCGAGCCCUCUACGCCGUCCUGAGCCACGACAUCAGCUCCAGGAUUUGCGACGUGGCUCUCAAUAUCAUCGACUGUCUCCUCCAGCUGGGCGUGGUGCCCGACAUGGGCAAGAAAAUGUCCAAGAGUGAAAACAAGGAGAACCAGGAGGCACGCGCUAAAGAGUCUGUGGUGCAGGGUCUUGGAGGAGGCGCACAGGGGGGUGGGCCAAUUGCAGGAGCAGGCGGAGGAGGGGAUGGAGGCGGGGGAGGAAGUGGAGGAGGAAGUGGGCAGGGGAGCAAGGAUGAUGUAAAGAAUAACAAGGACAAUGACAAAAAGGAAGAGGGUUCUGGCCUUAGCACCCACCGCUUGGCUUUGACCAUGCUAAUAAAGAUCGUCAAGUCUCUGGGCUGCGCUUACGGGUGUGGCGAGGGCCACAGAGGGCUGUCUGGAGAUCGUCUCAGGAUGCAGGCCCAGAACUGCCUGACCAACCUGUACAAACUGGACAAGGUGCAAUUUCGCCAAACAAUGCGCGAGUAUGUCAACAAAGAUUCCCUGAAUAACAUUGUGGACUUCUUGCAUGCACUGCUGGGCUUCUGCAUGGAGCCCAUUACUGACAAGUACGGCAGUGCAGGUGAGAGGUCCAGGAGGGCGAAAAAAAGAAACAUCGACAAGGCGGGCUUUGGUAACAACUUCACAACGGGCGACAACAAGUCCUUGGCCCAGAACAUGGAGGCGGUGGUGGUGGGGUGCAUGUUCAAGUCGCUUAUAACGCGCUGCGCCUCCACCACACAUGAGCUGCACAGCCCCGAAAACCUGGGUCUGUACUGCGACAUCCGCCAGCUGGUCCAGUUCAUAAAGGAGGCUCACGGGAACGUGUUUCGCAGAGUGGCACUGAGCGCGCUCCUGGACAGUGCCGAAAAGGUCACCGCCACCAAGAAACCUGAAGACAAAGAAGAGGGCAAACACCCUGGACCCAAGAGGUCAGAGAUGGGUGUGUCCGGGGAGAAGGGUCAGGUGUCCAGUGCUGCAGAUGAGUGUCGCAGCUACAUCUCCAGUAGACCUCCCCAGACCCCCGAACAUGAGGAGCAGCUUCCCGGUGCUCUGCUGGGUAGGAAGGACUUUUGGAGGAAGAUGUUUAAGUCACAGAGUGCUGCCAGCGACACCAGCAGCCAAUCCGAGCAGGACACGUCAGAGUGCACGACUGCCCACUCUGGCACCACCACGGACAGGCGAUCCCGAUCUAGAUCCCGUCGGAUUUCCCUCCGCAAAAAACUCAAACUACCGAUAGGAAACUGGCUGAAGCGCUCCUCCCUGUCUGGCCUGACGGACGGCGUGGAGGACCUGCUUGACAUCAGCUCGGUGGAUCGGCUUUCCUUCAUACGUCAGAGUUCGAAGGUCAAGUUCACCAGUGCCGUGAAGCUGUCUGAAGGGGGCGCCGCAGGGCCGGAGUACGGCAGGGACGAGGAGGAGAAUUUCUUCAAGCGGCUCGGUAAAUGGAGGUCUGGCAGGAGGAAUCCAUCCAAGCUUCACCACACAGAAGAGAAAGAUGGACCUCACGGUUUUCAGGAGCGUCUAGCAGCGACUCAGGAGGCCAUGAAGAACAAGAACGUGGUCAAUCUGGGCGCCAUUCGACAAGGAAUGAAACGCUUCCAGUUUCUCCUAAACUGCUGCGAGCCAGGGACCAUACCUGACGCGUCCAUCCUCGCCGCUGCCUUGGACUUGGAAGCACCAGUUGUGGCCCGAGCCUCCCUUUUCCUGGAAUGUGCCAGGUUCGUGCAUCGCUGUAACCGUGGAAACUGGCCAGAGUGGAUGAAGGGCCACCAUGUGAAUAUCACCAAGAAAGGUCUAUCCAGAGGUCGAUCACCCAUCGUGGGCAACAAGAGAAACCAAAAGCUACAGUGGAACGCGGCCAAGCAUUUCUGCCAGUGGGGAGAUGCAAUCGGAACGAGACUCAGCGAACUGUGUCACUCGGACACUGAAAGUCCUGCCAACAUCCUGGGUUACAUUUAUGAUGAAGAGACCAAACGGAGGAUGAGGAAGGAAGACGAGGAGGAAGACUAUUUAAAUGAUAAUACCGUCAAUCCCUCAAAGUGCGCUUGCCCCUUUGCUCUGAAAAUGGCCGCCUGCCAACUCCUUAUGGAAAUCACCACAUUCCUGCGGGAGACUUUUCCCUGCCUGCCCCGACCACGCACCGAACCCUUAGUGGACCUGGACAGCUGUCGGCUGCGUUUGGACCCGGAGCUCGGCCGCCAUCGAUACGAGAGGAAGAUCAGUUUUGCGGGAAUCCUCGAUGACGAAGACGGGCGCGAUUCCCUCAACAGCAGUAGCCACACUUUAAAGUCGGACACCACCUGCGAUGACAAGAAGACCCAGGAAGCUCAGGCUCCUAUUAGAAAGAUCCGGAUCGGAGGCUCCCGGCUGCUUCAGAUCAAGGGGGCCCGAAGUUUCCGUGUAAAAAAGGGAGGCUCCUUGUCGUCAAUCCGCCGGGCGGGAAGCCUCAAGAGCACCAAGCUGUCAAGGCAAGACUCUGAGUCGGAGAACGAAGAAGGGUUGCUGUCUCAGACACAGAGCCGGGACACGGUUACAGACAUCGGAAGUCCCUUUAGCGCCAGUGAGCCCAGUAUUGAACCAGAGGGUCCGAGCUCAGGAGGAACAGAGGACAAUUACCACCGCAACAUGUCCUGGCUCCAUAUCAUGAUCCUUCUGAUCAACCAGCAGAGCUUCAUUUGCACGCACAUUGACUUCUGCCACCCCCGUUGCUACCAACACCAUGGGCGCUCCUGCGCUCGUCUGGUCCGUGCCAUCAAGCUGGUGUACGGCGAAAGUGUGGACAGUCUGAGAGAGGACAGCUCCUCCUCUGGAAUCAUUGGAGGCCGACCAAAGAAAAGCAAAGAGUGUUCAGACAAGUCCUGCCUGAGGACUCCAUCCAUGAAGAGAAGACCCACCGACUCCAACAUGGAGGGGAAGAAGGACACAGGAAUGUUAAAGUACAUCCGCAACCAGGUAAUGAGCUUGUCUCCAGCUCCUCUAUCGCUGUUGAUCAAGGCCGCGCCCAUCCUCACUGACGAUAUGUAUGGAGACAUCCAGCCUGCGGCCUGGGAGCUCCUGCUGAGUGUGGAUGAACACAUGGCCGCUGCAGCCGCGGCCAUGUUUCUGCUCUGCGCUGUGAAGGUCCCUGACGCGGUGACGGAAAUGAUGAUGGCAGAGUUCCAGCACCAGGAGGCCUGCCAGCGCAUCAACUCCAUCCUGAAGUUUAACACACUGUGGCGUUUCCGAUACCAAGUGUGGCCUCGCAUGGAGGAGGGAGCCCAGCAGAUCUUCAAGAUCCCUCCACCCAGCAUCAACUUCACCCUUCCAUCUCCAAUACUGGGCAUGCCCUGUGUCCCCAUAUUCGACCCCCCAUGGGUUCCGCAGAACACCGGCAGUGUCCAGGAUCCAAUCAACGAGGACCAGUCUUACCCCACAUUUAUUCAGUCAGUCCAUACCAUAAAAUCCUUCUCUGCCCGAGCCGUGUCGCGCUCCCACCAGCGGGCCGAGCACAUCCUCAAGAACCUGCAGCAGGAGGAGGAGAAGCGGCGCCUGGGCCGCGAGGCCAGCAUCAUCACCGCCAUCCCUGUGGCCCAGGAGGCCUGCUACGAGCCCACAUGCAGCCCCCCACCUGAACAGGAGGAGGAAGCAGAAGAAGUGGUGAACCUGGCAUCGCGCCGUCUGUCCGUCAGCCCCUCCUGCGCAUCCAGUAACUCCCACAGGAACUACUCUUUCCGCCGCGGUUCUGUGUGGUCAGUCCGUUCAAUGGCCAGCGCCGAAGAUGAAGAGAACACAACAGAACACACUCCAAGUCACCACAUGUUACAGCCGCCUCAGGCAGUCUUCCCAGCAUGCAUCUGUGCUGCAGUCCUACCUAUAGUGCACCUCAUGGAAGAUGGGGAAGUUCGAGAAGAUGGCGUUGCUGUCAGCGCCGUUGCCCAGCAGAUCCUCUGGAACUGUCUGAUUGAAGAUCCAGCUUUGGUUCUCCGUCACUUCCUGGAAAAACUGACUGUUAGCAACAGACAGGAUGAGCUGAUCUACAUGCUGAGGAAGUUGCUGCUCAAUAUUGGAGAUCUUCCUGCACAGACCUCUCAUAUCCUCUUCAACUACCUGGUGGGUCUGAUUAUGUAUUUCGUCCGCACUCCUUGUGAGUGGGGAAUGGACGCCAUCUCAGCCACACUGACCUUCCUGUGGGAGGUGGUUGGCUACGUGGAGGGGCUUUUCUUCAAAGACUUGAAGCAGACCAUGAAGAAGGAGCAGUGUGAGGUCAAGCUGCUGGUUACUGCAUCGAUGCCAGGAACCAAAACUCUGGUGGUACAUGGUCAGAAUGAAUGUGACAUCCCCACCCAGCUGCCUGUCCAUGAGGACACCCAGUUUGAAGCUCUGCUGAAGGAAUGUCUAGAAUUCUUUAAUAUUCCCGAGGCUAGAUCUGCACACUACUUCCUCAUGGAUAAAAGAUGGAACCUCAUCCAUUAUUCAAAGACUUAUGUAAGAGACAUCUACCCCUUUCGGAGGUCAGUGUCUCCCCAACUCAACCUUGUUCACAUGCUUCCUGAAAAAGGACAGGAGCUCAUCCAAAAGCAGGUGUUUUCUCGUAAAUUGGAGGAAGUGGGUCGAGUCCUCUUCCUCAUCUCCCUGACUCAACACAUUCCAAGUGUACACAAGCAGUCCCACGUCUCCUUGCUCCAGGAGGACCUACUUCGCCUCCCAUCCUUUCCACGGACUGCCAUCGAUGCCGAAUUCUCGCUGUUCAACGAGCCGCAAGGUAAAGAGCUGUUUGGUUUGGACACGCUCCACAAGGUUCUGUGGAUCAAGCUGCUGGAGGAAAUGUUUCUGGGCAUGCCCAGCGAGUAUCCCUGGGGGGACGAGAUAAUGCUCUUCCUCAAUGUCUUUAAUGGGGCUUUGCUGCUGCACCCGGAGGACAGCGCCCUCCUCAGGCAGUACACCGCCACCGCCAUCAACACAGCUGUUCACUUCAACCACCUCUUCUCUCUCAGUGGUUACCAAUGGAUCCUGCCUACCAUGCUUCAGGUCUACGCUGAUUAUGAGAGCAACCCUUUACUACGUCAGGGCAUCGAGUUCUGCUGUCGGCAGUUCUACAUCCUUCAUCGAAAACCUUUCAUCCUGCAGCUGUUUGCUAGCGUGGCCCCACUGCUGGAAUUCACAACCAGCACCAGUACAGGCUUGUCCAAAGGAGUAUCAUCACAGUGUCUGUUUGACCUACUAGUGUCUCUAGAGGGCGAAACACAGGACGGUCUGGACGCUCUUGAGCUGGUCAAAGCUGAGAAGCCUCUGCGCUCUUUGGAUUUCUGCUAUGGUAAUGAAGACUUGGUGUUCUCAGUCAGCGAGGCAAUCAAGUUGUGUGUCACUGUGGUAGCUUACGCCCCUGAGUCCUUUAGAAGUCUCCAGAUGUUGAUGGUGUUGGAAGCAUUAGUGCCAUGCCACCUUCAGAAACUAAAGAGCAACACAGUGACAAUGGAGUCCGCUUCAGCUGCCAGAGACGAAAUUGCAGCCAUUGCCGCCUUGGCCACAUCUUUGCAAGCUCUCCUCUACAGCUCAGAGGCGCUUACCAGGCCCAUGACUGCGCCCCAGAUGUCUCGAUGUGAUCAAGGCCACAAGGGCGGCACAGCGGCCAACCACGCCUUGUCAGGAGGAGUCAAUACCAGGGACAACAUCCACCUGAUGGAGGAAGGACAAGGCAUGCCAAGGGAGGAAUUGGAUGAACGUAUCGCCAGAGAGGAAUUUCGUAGACCACGAGAGUCGCUGUUGAACAUCUGCACUGAGUUUUACAAACACUGUGGACCUCGGCUCAAAAUUCUGCAGAACGUUGCUGGCGAACCCCGGGUCACAGCUUUGGAACUGCUGGAUAUAAAGUCACACAUGAGGCUUGCAGAAAUUGCUCACGCUCUGCUUAAGCUGGCGCCCUACGACACCCUUACCAUGGAGAGCCGAGGUCUGCGGCGCUACAUCAUGGAGAUGCUACCCAUCACCGACUGGUCGUCAGAGGCUGUCCGACCGGCUCUCAUCCUCAUCCUCAAGAGGCUUGAUCGGAUGUUUAACAAGAUCCACAAGAUGCCAACGCUCAGGUGCGCUCGCCCUCAGGCACUAUGCACCAGGAGGCAGGUGGAAUGGGAGGCGGCCAGCAAUCUAAUCGAGGGAAUCUGCUUGACCCUGCAGCGACAGCCAAUCAUUUCUUUUCUCCCCCACCUACGCUCUCUGAUCAACGUCUGUGUAAACCUGGUAAUGGGCGUUGUUGGCCCCUCCAGUGUGGCGGACGGGCUGCCUCUUCUCCACCUGAGCCCCUACCUCUCUCCUCCUCUUCCUUUCAGCACAGCUGUAGUCCGGCUGGUUGCCCUUCAGAUCCAGGCCUUGAAGGAUGACUUCCCUCUUAGUCAUGUGAUCUCUCCUUUCACUAACCAAGAGCGCCGAGAGGGAAUGUUGCUCAACCUGCUGAUUCCCUUUGUGUUGACCGUUGGAUCUGGAAGCAAAGAUAGCCCUCACCUUGAGCAGCCGGAGAUCUUUCUCCUCCUGCAGACUGUCAUCAAUAUCCUUCUGCCUCCACGUAUCAUCUCCACCUCACGCACCAAGAACUUCAUGUUGGACGCUUCUCCGGCUCACUGCUCCACACCUGGUGACACAGGGAAGGAUUUGCGGCGCGAGGGUUUGGCAGAGUCCACCAGCCAGGCUGCUUAUCUUGCUCUGAAGGUGGUGCUGGUUUGCUUUGAGCGCUCGCUGGGAAACCAGUGGUAUCGUCUGAGCCUGCAGGUAAAAGAGAUGGCUCUACGGAAGGUGGGCGGAUUGGCGUUCUGGGACUUUAUAGACUUUAUCGUCCGAACCCGCAUCCCUAUUUUCGUCUUGCUGAGACCUUUUAUUCAGUGCAAGCUGCUGACCCAGCCAGCCGAUUCUCAAGAAGAGAUCACAGCACGCCACCACAUUGCAGACCAACUGGAGCGCCGCUUCAUCCCAAGACCUUUGUGCAAGAGCUCCCUGUUUGCAGAAUUCAACAAUGAGCUAAAGAUCCUAAAAGAGGCUGUGCACAGUGGCUCUGCGUACCAAGGAAAGACCUCCAUCAGUACAGUUGGCACUUCUACGUCAGCGUAUCGCCUCAGUUUGGCCACAAUGUCACGCUCAAACACAGGUACCGGUACAGUUUGGGAGCAGGAAAGCCAACCGUCACGCCAACCAUCACAGGACACUCUCAGCCGCACUGAUGAGGAUGACGAAGAAAAUGACUCUAUUAGCAUCCCAAGUGUUGUGAGCGAGCAUGAGGCCUUCCUGCCGCGAGUGAUGUCUCAGCGACGUUUCUCCAGCCACGCCACCGGCUCAGCAACAUUGCAGCCAGAAGGUCCUCGUAGUACCAUGCUGCCAAGUCAAAGCGAACCCAAUGUGCUAGAUGAAUCCCAGGGCCUUCUGCAGGAGGGUCACCUCUCUAGGGUUGCCAGUGUGCAGAGUGAACCAGGUCAACAGAACAUCCUCCUUCAACCUCCAUUGGGAAGAAAACGAGGACUCAGACAGCUGCGGCGCCCCCUGCUGUCCAUUCCGAAAAAUGAACCGCGCAGCCGGUCUGGAGCCAGACUCUCGACAACACGCAGGAGCAUCCAGCCCAAGAACAAACCAAUGGAAACAUUAUUGGACUGUGAAGCACAAGCGGAUCAGAAGAGGUCCGUCACCUUCACGGAGAAUCAAGAGCAGCAGACGGCCACUGGGGGCAGCAAACCUCCAACUCCCAGCAAGGUGGAGGCUCCUGCUGAGCCAAAAGGUCCUGCUUUGUCCAAGUCUCCAACGUUGGAGGUUCCUCCUUCUGUCUCGGCCACAGUCACUGCCGACCUGCACAGGCCUGCAAACGCCCAGGCCCUUCCAGCCAGGAGCACCAAAGAGAGGCGAGAGCAGUGGGGACUCCGCAGCAGCCUCUCCCCUCCACCCUCCAUCUCCCGCCCUUCCACCCCAACUCCCCCGUCCCGAACCUGCUCCCCACUGCCCUUCUCACGCACCCCUUCCCCACUCUCUCUGUCCCGCACCUCUUCUCCUAUCCCCCCUCCUCCCCUCCCCGUGUUGAGCUCGUCUCCCACUCCGAUUUCACCGGCACCUCCUCCCGCCCUUCUCCCGCUGACCCCGCCGGGAGCGUCCAUCCUCCGGGAGAGCCCCGGCGACGAGGACACAGCGGCCCUGCUGCCACGCAGCGACCCCCAGCUGCAGCUCAGCGAGGAUCACGGCACAGAAAACCCGCUCCUCACGCCCCUGCUGUCCUCCUCAUCUCCACGCCGCUCGCCUCGCCGCCUGCCUCUGCCACUGUCCCCGGUCGACUUGGACCUGGACGAGUCUCAUGUGUGACAGAUCAGGUUGCGGUCCAAUGACCUUUUAAAAAUGCAACUAGAAAAACAGAACCUGUCAAUCCUUCAUAAAAAUCACAACACUUGCCCAAAAAGCUGUUGGUAAAUUGAAUCUACUGUCACUUCAACAAGAGAUCAAAAGCCUUUAGCCUUUUAACCCCGGAGAUGUCGCUGAUACAUGAAGAAAAAAAUAACAAACUCUCCGAGCUACUAUAAUGCUUUGUAUCCCCGUCAAUACAUUUAAAUAUCUGGUGUUUAAUCAUUUAAAAGAAAGCUAAAAGAUGCUAUAACUUUAUUACAAUGGCAGAAAAAAAUUGUAAUAUUAGCCAUCGUUCAGCUAAAAUAAGCUGCAUAGCACCCGCUUUAUUUGUAAGAUAAAGAAAUAUAUAUGAAAAUUGUACGGAUUUUUAUGUGUUUCUUGGAAGGCUGUGUUGAGAUACAUGUAUGUUUAUAUCACAGACCUAGAAACUUUACCAAACAAGUUUGUUUUGAGGCCAAAUUAGCUGUCUCCCUCUUAAAAGCAAUAUUUGUUUUCUUGUUUUUAUAAAAGAAUCCAAGUAUAUUUAGUUAUAAAGGUGUCUAACGUGAUAAACCUUUGUUUUGUUUAAGGGGUGGAAGCUACACAAAAAAACAAAAACAAAAAAAAACUAGAUGAUCUGGAGGGAAAAAUUCACGAACAAGUUGAAGAAUUACAUCGUUAAAGCCGUUUUUUUAUUUUAACUAGGAGAAAUUGGUAACGUUGAUUUCAAAUUGUUGAGGGCCUUAGUCACUACUGCCCAACGGAGGUAUACAGGCUGAGCAAAUCUACGGGGCCUGCAGGUGAUCAGCGAGGAAGUCGUCUUGUUACAGUUACAUCUUAGUCUGAUUGUGAGCUCAUUCUUUCAACUUGAUCAGUCUCAAUAGGCCUGUUGAUGUACCUUUCUAAAUAUUUGUCUUAGUUGUGCGACACUACAGAUUCAGUAAUGUCAUGAAAAAAUAGGAUAACACUGGGAAUACACCAUUGACUGUUUCUGAGAACUGGACUGAGUGACAUCCUCUUUCUUUGCGUUUUAAAUCGGAAGUACCCGCUAGCUCCAAGAAUCCAAAAAUAAAUCUGCAUUGCAAGUCAUUCGAGUGAAAAACUGGCCAAACAGGUGCCUCAAUAAAAUUUGUGGUCUUUCAUCAAACGUUCGCCCGAGCUCGCUUUCAAGUGGUAGGGGUGUGGCCUUCAAACAAGUGGUGGUCGUUUGCUAUAGAAAUGAUGACUCAGACUGACUUGGACCAAUCACAGCCUACAGACGGUUGCUGGUUCCAACGUGGUGACGUCCAAGUGGAGAAAAAAUGGCGACUGAAUUGACUUCAUUUCCAUAGUAGGGCAUUUUCUACAAGUGAUGUCACAGUCACUAGGUCCAGUUCUCCAUUCAGUCAAAAAAUGUUACAAAACAAAAGUCAUUUUUAUUGGUUUGGAGCGAUUCGGCGUAAGAGAAAAGCUGUAGUUAUCUUUAUUCAAGGUUUUCUCUUUUUUUGUCAUAUUAAAACAGAUUUUAAAUACUAAAAUUUUAAUUAGAAAUGUUCACAUGCGCUUUUCUUAGAUUACUUUUUCAGACUUCUCCUGUUGGCUGACGAAUACUAAGGUGGCAAUAACCACGGUUACAUGAAUGUUUUGUCAAAUUAUUUCAUUUACUUGAUCAUUUACUCCCCUCCCCCAGAUUCUUCUAAUUUCCUUUCAAAAUCAUCCAAAUUACUUUCAAAAGAUUUUGCCUAUUACAUUUUUUAGCUCCUGUGAUUUCUACAUUAUAUUUGUGACCAAAGACUGUAUCUCUAUGUUUUUGUGAUCUUCACAGUAAUCAGAAAAAAAGCUUUCUUUAAAACUUGUUGUAACGUAGCGCUCGUGCUUUCUUGUCUGUGUUCGUGGCGUUCCUCUUGCGCUCCAAACAGCGGGUGAAUGUGCAAUGGUGAAUAUGCCGUGAUUUGCCAUUAGCUUGUGGCUCAUUUCAUGCCUUAACAGAGAGACUCGCUCAUCUGUGUUCCGACUCCCUGUAAAAACCCUUGAACGUGUAGUACUUCAGAUCAUUCUAGAACAUGUGCCAUAUAUCACACCAAUGCACUGUGAUUGUUUGGUUUUUGUUAUUAGCUGCUCCUUGUGUGUUUUCUUUUGACUGUUAAUGCAAAUCUUUGUGAAAAAGCUGUUAAGAUUUAUAGAUUUAUUUAUAGUUUGUUGUUUCUCCGUAAUAAAUAAAAUAAAUGCUUCUUAAGCUUUAUUAAAUUUCAACAAAACAGGAGUUUAAAGUUAUUUUAAAUCCAAUUAUUUCCCCCAAAACUGUGUCUAAAGGUGUCUUCUUUGUGCAAAUGCAGAAUAUAUCUAAAUAAAUGGAUAUUGUUUACAUUGUU